CUACAGGUUGCGUGAUGGGCCGGCUGGAUGGCAAGAUCAUCGUCCUGACAGCAGCAGCACAGGGCAUUGGCAGGGCAGCCGCUGUGGCUUUUGCAAGAGAAGGUGCCAAAGUCAUAGCCACAGAUAUCAAUGAGUCUAAACUUCAGGAACUGGAAAACUACACAGGUAUUCAAACUCGUGUUCUUGAUGUCACAAAGAAGAAACAAAUUGAUCAGUUUGCCAAUGACAUUGAAAGACUUGAUGUUCUCUUUAAUGUUGCUGGUUUCGUUCAUCAUGGAACCAUCCUGGACUGCGAGGAGAAAGACUGGGACUUCUCAAUGAAUCUUAAUGUCCGAAGCAUGUACCUGAUGAUCAAGGCUUUCCUUCCUAAGAUGCUUGCUCAGAAAUCUGGCAACAUCAUCAAUAUGUCCUCUGUGGCUUCCAGCAUCAAAGGAGUUGUGAACAGAUGUGUGUACAGCACAACCAAGGCUGCGGUGAUUGGCCUCACAAAGUCUGUGGCUGCAGACUUCAUCCAGCAGGGUAUCAGGUGCAACUGUGUGUGUCCAGGAACUGUGGACACUCCAUCUCUGCAAGAGAGAAUACAAGCCAGACCAAACCCUGAAGAGGCACUGAGCGAUUUUCUAAAGAGACAGAAAACAGGCAGAUUUGCAACUGCAGAAGAAGUAGCCCAACUCUGUGUUUAUCUGGCUUCAGAUGAAUCAGCCUAUAUAACAGGUAACCCUGUCAUCAUUGAUGGAGGCUGGAGCUUGUGA